AUGAAACUUACACGUUCAAAAACAACACCAAGUAAUGAAACUUACACGUUCAAAACAACACCAAGUAAUGAAACUUACACGUUCAAAACAACAUCAAGUAAUGAAACUUACACGUUCAAAACAACAUCAAGUAAUGAAACUUACGUUCAAAAACAACACCAAGUAAUGAAACUUACACGUUCAAAAACAACACCAAGUAAUGAAACUUACACGUUCAAAACAACAUCAAGUAAUGAAAACACGUUCAAAAACAACACCAAUAAUGAAACUUACACGUUCAAAAAAACAAAAUCAAGUAAUGAAACUUACACGUUCAAAAAAACAAAAUCAAGUAAUGAAACUUACACGUUCAAAAACAACACAAGUAAUGAAACUUACACGAAGACUUUCAAUGAUUAUCAACGUACGACCCUGGACGAAGCACGUGAUGAACACAUGAAGAAGAUUCGGGAGCUGGAGGAAGAAAUAAGAACACAGCGAAAUGAAAGUGGAAAUUGUAAAAUGGUCAAUCAUGAUAUUGGUACUCAGACAGAUACUCCUGGCAAUAAUUCAUGGAUUUCUCUAUCAGAACUACCAGACGACACGUCGAAUUGCAAACAAUUAAACAAUUUACGUCAACAGUAUUUGACAAUUACGGCACAAAUGAAAGACGAUUUAAUGAAACAUGCACUUGAAACACGAAAUAAUGCAGCAAGAGCUAUAAGGUGUGAAGUCGCGAAAGAACGUCAUUCCACAGCGAAACAACUGCGAAAACAUUAUCUUGAGUGUUUAAAACAGAUCUUGGAAGAAGAUAAGCAAUCCUAUCAAAAUGAUCGUCCAACAAAAACUAACGAUGAGAAGAUGAACAUGAUGGCAGAAAGACUGUGUCUUCCCGGAGAAAAAAAUGAAACGAAAUGCUCUCACGAGUCGACCUUGACAAAUGUCACAACGUUAAACGAAACGACAUCGAAAGACCACGAGCUUCACCAUAGCUCCGACCACAAACGGUUUUUUUCAAAGACGUCACGUUAUCUACAACCCAACGAUGUUACAAGCAACGUUAGUUCCAAGCGACCGAAAAGAAAUGAAGCGAAGAAAGGGGGUGAAAACGAGGUAAAUGAAGUCAGUAAGAAUCCUCGUGACAGUGGUAAACAUAAGUUACAAAGUUCUGUUGUACAGGAUGUUGGUAUUUCAUAUUUUGAGUCUAGUAGUUUGUCUUUCGAGUCACUAGAUAUUGAUUUACCUCCCGUGAUAGACCUAGAAGUGCAGUCAAGCUCAGAUGACAUUAAAAAUGACACGAUGGCGCGUAUAGAUAGUUUAGAACGACAUGUAACUGAUAAAAACACGCAUGACACGAAAAACGUGCGACAAAAAACGCAGUUUGGUGAGCGCAACACGAUUUCUACUGAUCGUGAGACGCAUUCCAUACGCCACGAUAAAAAUCCCACGUCUCCCGAAAUUCGUAAAAUCUUCAUUAAUGAAGAAGAUGAAGGAUUUAACGCUACAACAAGUGAUGACAAAAUGACAACGCAGCUUCCAAUUCGAAGCACGAAUUCUCGUCAAAAAACGAAAGAAAUACAGACGCAUGAACAACAUACACGCUCAAAUGAAAAACGAAAACAGAAAUAUAUUUCAUGGCAAGAAACUCAGAAUAACCGUGACGUCACGCAAGUUAAAGCUGGGCGUCCUGUUACGUAUGAAUCGUCAAGUAAAAAUAUACCAUCAACACAAUCAACUGCUGCCAGUCAUGCCUCAAGAGUAUUUUCAUACACAAUGCAUUCCAACAAAAAUAGAUAA